UUUAGAUCACAGAAGUUGAAAUUUCGUUUGAAUAUGUAUGAAUUGAGGGAAGGAAGAGAGAUGACGCCUAGAACAUUUGCUUCUGUCUUAUCAAAUCUGCUUUAUGAGCAAAGGUUUGGACCAUUUUUUGUUGUGCCUGUCAUAGCUGGACUGGAACCCGAAACGUAUAAACCAUAUAUUUGCAGUAUGGAUGUAAUUGGUUGUAUAAAUGAGCCUAAUGAUUUUGUUGUGGCUGGAACUUGUUCAGAACAAGCAUAUGGCAUGUGUGAAGCUUUAUGGGAGCCUGAUUUGGGACCAGAUGAACUUUUUGAGAAAAUAUCUCAGGCUUUAGUGAAUGCUUUUGAUCGUGAUGCUAUUUCAGGUUGGGGUGGAGUAGUCCAUAUUAUUGAGAAAGACAAGAUCACAACAAAGCUUUUGAAAACAAGAAUGGAUUAGCUGUCAACAAUGUAUUGUUUUCUUCAUAUAUUUAAUAAACAUUUUUAUCUGCCUUUUUUAAUUUA